ACCGUUGGUAAGGGAUCGUUCCCCUCCUCGGUAUCGUUUUCCUCGGCCUCUCUUUGGACGUUGCCAAAUCUCCUGUUAGGGAAGGAGACAUCUAUAGUUCAUGGAACCUCAAGGAAUUGUCAAAGCUUUCCGCAAACGAAAGAAGUUGAGAGAUGAGGUACACACUGCACCUUUAAAGAUUUGGAAAGAAGAAACCAACAAUCAGCAAGGGUGGUUGGAGCCAAUCACAGUUUAUGUGUUGCAAGCAGGAAUUGGCCAGGCCAGAGCUGAGAUCUUCUGUAAGCAGAUCAUCCACAAUGGAGGACACAUCUGCAGCCAGUUCUCCCCAGAUGUGACACAUAUAAUAGUAGAUGAAGACAUGGAUUUUGAUCGGGCUUUUCGGCUCCUCAAACUCAAAAAAUUACCUCAGGGAUUGCAACUAGUUAAGGCAUCAUGGCUGAGUUCUUGUAUUACAGCACAGCAGAUCUUGGACACUACUGACUAUAGACUCAUUGUCCCAGACAAAUAUCUGGAUGAGACAGGCUUUUCAGUGGAACACCUACCGUUACUGAAUGAGGAUAAGAUUCACCCCAAAGCAGAGAACACAGUUACGGAACUGAAAGAAGAAUCAAACACUGAGAUCACGUCUUUCUGUGAUACUGUACAGAGGACGUUAGAUGAUGAAGAAAUUGAAGAGGACAAAGCUGUUGUCACUCUGGAAGAACUGAAAGCGCUAAAGUCAGGCCAAGACCUGAACAUUUUGUCAGAAAGCUCGUCAGCGUGCCGUUCCCCUGGCAAGUGGGUUUGUGCUCAAUCUUCUGAAAGCAAGAAAAUUAAUCAUAAUCAGUGCAUUACAGAGAAGCUGGAAGUGCUGGCUAAAGCCUACUCUGUCCAAGGAGACAAGUGGAGGGGUCUAAGUUACAUGAAAGCUAUUAAUGCACUCAAGAGUUAUCAUAAGCCUGUCACAUCUUAUCAGGAAGCCUGUAAGAUUACUGGAAUUGGAAAACAGAUGGCAGAAAAGAUCGUAGAAAUCCUGGAGAGUGGGCACCUUCGAAAACUAGACCACAUCAGUGACAAUGUCUCAGUGCUAGAACUAUUUUCCAAUAUAUGGGGAGCAGGAGUAAAGACUAGCCAGAUGUGGUACCAGCAGGGUUUUCGCACUCUGGAUGACAUCCGCACUAGGGCCUCUCUCACCAGCCAGCAAGUUAUCGGCCUUAAAUAUUACGAGGACUUCUUGGAACGCAUGCCACGGCAAGAAGCUGCUGAAAUUGAACAGACUGUUAGAGAAGCAGCUCAGUCUAUUAUACCUGAACUAAUGUGUAUAGCAUGUGGCUCUUUCCGGCGCGGAAAACCCACUUGUGGAGAUGUGGAUGUAUUGGUGACUCAUCCUGAUGGACACUCCCACCAAGGAGUAUUUAACAAACUGCUCAACAUUCUUCAUAAAAAUGGCUUUCUCACGGAUGACUUGGUGAAUCAGGAAGACAAUGAAAGCCAGCAGAAGUACCUUGGAGUCUGCCGUUUGCCAGGCCAAGACAGGCGCCACAGGCGCCUCGACAUCAUUGUGGUGCCCUACAGAGAGUUUGCCUGUGCUUUGUUGUACUUCACUGGCUCAGCCCACUUCAAUCGCUCCAUGCGAGCCCUGGCCAAGACUAAAGACAUGAGUCUGUCAGAGCAUGCCCUCUGCAGCGGUAUAGUGCGAGGAUCAGAUGGCCUCAAAACUGGAUCUGGGAUUGUCCUGUCCACACCUACUGAGAAGGAUGUGUUUGCUCAUCUGGGGUUGCCUUACCGAGAGCCAUAUGAGAGGGACUGGUAAAGACAAGAAAAGAAGUAGCCCCAGUUAGCUUCAAGGGAGAUACGGGGACUUACAUGAGGUUUUCAAACAUAUACUGUAUAUCCUUUGCUUGUUUUCCUUGAGGCAUAUUUGCAAAGCAACGGACUUGGUGAGCAGUUUAUUGUUUUCUCCAAUUGGCUGUGAAAAUCCCAAGAUUUUUAAAGUCUUUUAUUAGUUUUGAAAGAUUUCAGUAAGAGGAAAAAAACUAUGGACAAAUCAACUCAUUCAGUGUUCUGCCCCAGCUCCGGAUUCCCGAGGAUAUUGACACACACCAACGGUCCUUAUCAAAUUUAUUAAGUAGCAAGAAUAAACCAAAGUCCGGCAAAGGUUGGCAACCAGCCCAGAAAAGAAGAUACGAUAAGACUUUUCCAAAACUGCUCUGAUGAUAAUUACAAGUUGUUUCUAGCAAGAAAUUACUAACUGUGUGCGACUUAAAUAGGCUAAGGGAGUGGCCAAUUAUCCUCAAGUCUUACUCUUGAGGAGACCUCCUCCUCCUGAGUAGCCACUCCUGCUUUUGGCAGCCCUGUGUGCUCGAGCAUUGAGGAGAGGCUCCUCCACUUCGCUCUCUCCACUUGAAGGAGCCUCUGGAGGUUCUGAAGGCCCUGGCUGAGUCUCUGCCUCUGGCACCACAUCCUCUUCAGCCUCCUCGCUGUCCGACGCGAGGCUGCUGAACCCUGCACCAGCCUUCUCGUCGUCAGGAUCAGCCACGAUCUGCGCAGGCCGCUGGCAUGCCACAACAUUCAGUUAUCAAUUUCAAGAAUGAGAGACUAUGAUUGUAAAUCAUUUUUGCACAUUAAAAAACCAAUUAAUGUAUACUUAGGACAAAUAGGAAAUGUACUAACUGAAAAUUAGUACUAACUAAUUUUCAAUACAUGAAUUGCAGGGUUAUCCUUACAGUAUUUUGGAUAUCUAUGGGAAAGACCAUUUCAGAAGACUAUAUGUCUAUUGCAGCGUUGCCUGGAGGACUUUGGGCUAAUUACACACUCAACCUAAUCUACCUCAUAGGGCUGUUGUAAGAAAAAUAGGCAGGAGCUUAAUGUACAUCAUCUAAAAUUGUACAAAAUAAAGAUGGGAUGUAAAGCUAAACAUUUUUAAAAUGCUGGGGCUGAAGGACAGAGCUUCCUCUUUUUGUCACCAAGUUGCUUUCUUGCAGGCUGCUAGAAAUCUGAUAAUUUUCAGAUGCUUGAAACUAGGCAGAGGGUUGCAUGAAAUUGGGCCAGGAAUCAUAUAUGGUUCUGGAGCUGCAUUUGAUCUAUGGAAAGAAAAGGCGAUUUAUUAUUUGCACUACAUAAUUCAUUUCUUAUUAAUUAACUUAUGUUCUGUUUUAAGGAAUAUAUUCAAAUAGUAAUAAUAUCAUUGAAACAGAUUUCUAAUUCCUAAAAGAACAAUUAAAGAGUAUGCAAUUUCGACCAAAUCUGGAAAAUAUAGGGAAAAUAUACACGAAACAAACAGCGAAAGUAAUUUUGAAUGAUGAUAUGACAGACCAAUUUGACAUAACAAAAGGGGUCAGACAAGGCUGCCCACUCUCCCCUCUACUGUAUAUCCUAUCUUUAGAGAUUUUGUUAAAAAAAAUUAGGGAGGAUCAAGAAAUCAAAGGAUUAAAAGUGAGAAGAGAAGAAUACAAGACCCAGGCUUUUGCUGACGAUCUUAUUUAUAGCAGAAGAACCACUAGAAGUAGUACCAACACUCCUUAAGAAAAUAGAAGAUUAUGGAGAGGUGGCUGGUUUAAAGAUAAAUAGAAAUAAAUCAAAAUUACUAGUUAAAAAUCUGACGAAAACACAGGAGAUAGAUCUGAAGAAUAGUACACAAAUUCAAGUGACUAAUAAAAUUAAAUAUUUAGGCAUAUGGCUGUCACCAAGAACCUCUAUAAAAGAAAAUAAUUAUGAUAAACUAAUAGAGAUAAAAAAAGAACUGGACAAUUGGAAAAACCUACAAAUCUCAUUUAUGGGAAGAAUCUCUACUAUCAAAAUGAAUACACUACCAAAAUUAUUGUAUUUGCUCCAGGUUGCACCAAUUAAAUUAGAAAAAAAAUUAUUUGUGAGCCUAAACAAGAUUAUUUCUAAAUUUAUAUGGCAGGGGAAACGUCCACGAAUAAAAUUAAAAUUACUCCAGGACUCCAAGGAAAGAGGAGGAACAGCACUCCCGGAUUGGGAACUCUUAUUACCAAGCGGCAGGACUAGUAUAGGUUAAAGAUUGGAUGGAGUUGAUUAACAGCAGACUAUUAACUUUUGAAGGACAAGAUUUACAAACAGGCUGUUAUUCCUUUAUAUGGGAUGAAAAGUAUAAGUCACACACUUAUUUUAAAAGGGAUACACUUAGAAAUGCUCUAUUAUUAACUUGGUUAAAAAUUAAAAAACAACAUUAUACAAAAAUCCCGAUUUGGCUUUCACCCUCAGAAGCACUAAAACAUCCAAACCUAACAGAAACCAAAAAUGUAAUUAGAUAUAAAGACUUAAUUGAUCAUCAAGGAAAAUUGAAACCCAAACAAUUGGAUACAGAAUUUAAUAGGGAAAUCGAUUAGUGGACCUUCUCACAGAUACAAGCAAAACAUAAGGAAUAUAUAAAAACAUAUGAAAUAUGUAAAGAAAAACAAUAACUAGAUAAAAUUAUAUUAGAUUCGGGAGAGAAAUUAAUUAGUAAAAUUUACAAAUUUUUGUUGAUACAAGAUGGAGGAGGAAAUAGUUAAAAAUACAAUGAUCAAAUGGAUGCAAAAUUUUAAAUACUCAAUAGAAUUGGAAAGAUGGGAAGAAUUCUGGCAAAUGAAUACAAAAACAACAUUGGCAGUGGCAUACAAGGAGAACCAGCUAAAGAUGUUUUACAGGUGGCAUAUGUCACCUACAAGAUUGGCCAAAAUAAACCCGAAAAAUAGUUCAGCGUGUUGGAAGUGUAAGAAUCCACAAGGCACUUUUUACCAUCUAUGGUGGACAUGCCUGGCGGCUAAGAAAUUUUGGUCCAAUAUUAAGAAAUGGCUAGAACAAAUCACCAAACUACAAAUAGAUAAGAAACCCAAAACUUUUCUAUUAGGAAUCUUUACAAAAUCCUAUCCCAAAGAAAUAAAAUACUUGUUAAUACAUAUUUUAACUGCAGCAAGGAUAACAAUAUGCCAAAAAUUGGAAACUAGAAAAAACCCCAACGGAAGAAGAAAUAAUAGACAAAAUCACACAAUGUGCCGAAAUGGAUAGGCUGACAAAAGAGCUAAAGGAAAAAGAAGACACUGAAUUUUACAAAGUCUGGAAUAAAUGGUAUCAAUGGCAUAGGGCUACUAUGGAAGAAAUUUAACUAGAAGUUAGAUAGAAUAGAAGUCCAAGUGUACACAAAUUACUUCCUUAUGGGCGAAUAAAAUUACAGAGAGAAAAAUAUAAUAUACAGAUUAUUAAAGCAGAAGUCUCAGAAAAUAGAAGAGAAAAGAGGGAAAAAAGGCACUAAGAAAUUAUUAAGUUAAGAUUUAAGGGAAUAAGUAUAACUGUAUUACUUGAAAGACCAUUACGAAACAAACGCUUCAAAUGAUUGAUUAUUUAUAACUGUUUAUUGUAUAUGUAUUUUUAUGUCUUUAUCAUAUGUGUUUUAUGUGUUUUAUAUCUGUUUUAAUAAACUUUAUAAAUUAAAAAAAAAA